GAGAAAAGGAUUGUCUGAGGAGAUAAAGACGAGACAUUUUCAGGAAUAAUGAGAAUGGAUUGAAUCUCAGCAGUGUUAAGGAGUAGUAAAGAACAUGUUUAAUGUAACCUUUAGCUAGUCUGGUUAUUAUUCUAUUACAAACUACAUCAAGAUGCAGAGAAAAAGGCGAAGAACGAAAUCUGAAGUGAGCUGCUGUAUAAAAUAUUUGAUGUUUGGGUUCAAUGUUCUAUUUUGGUUCCUUGGUGCAGCUUUAUUGGGUAUAGGAUUAUGGGCAUGGACAGAGAAAGAUAUGUUCCGUAAUAUCAGUAAAUUAACCAAUAUAGCUCUAGAUCCAGCCUUAGUGUUUAUAAUAUCUGGAGGUGUGAUGUUUAUUAUUGGGUUUGCUGGUUGUAUUGGAUCACUCAGGGAAAAUACUUGUCUGCUAUUAUUUUUUAUGAUAGCAGUUGGUUUGAUAUUUUUUAUCGAGUUAUUAUUGGGUAUAUUGGGGUUUGUUUAUAAAGAUUGGGUUAAAGAUCAAAUAGAAGGACAAGUACAGAAUAUGAUAGUUAAUUAUAGAGAAGAUGAUGAUUUACAGAACUUAGUAGACUGGGUUCAGAGAGAUUGGUUACACUGCUGUGGUGUUUAUUCCUAUACUGAUUGGCAGAGAAAUAUGUAUUUUAAUUGUUCGUCUCCUGGUGUUGAAGCCUGUGGUGUUCCCUUUUCAUGUUGUCAACCAUCAGAUGAACUAAUAAAAAAUCGACAUUGUGGAUAUGAUAUGAUGAAACCAUCUCAUGAUUAUGAUAGAUCAACUAAAGUCUAUACAUUAGGUUGUAUACCAUCAGGUGAAAAAUGGCUAGAAUCUAAUUUAAUACCUGUAGCAGGGGUGGCUGUAGGCAUAGCUUUAUUACAGAACUUCUAUCUGCACAAAAUACAAGGUAUCACCAGAAUUGCUCUCAUAUUUGGAUUGGUAAUUUAUCUUAAAAAUUACAUAAGUUCACAUAAGUAUUCUCUUUUACAGAUACUAGGAAUUUGUUUUGCUCAAAAUUUACGAAGUGAUAUACAGGCACAGUUGGCUAAAUGGCACUACUGA